AUGCGGGCGCCUCUUGACAACCCUACUUUGACAAACAAGGAACCAACUGUACAUCCCCAAGAUCAAGGAUGCCGCGCAACACCUAAACCACCUCCCGGACGAGAUAUCACAGGUCUUCCACGACUACUACCAAUCACUAUACAACAUAGCAACGAACCAACCAGGGACCCAACGACCAAAUGGGAGGAAAUCCAGAGACACCUGACUUCCGCUGAUAUGCAUCACUUGGAGGAAGCAGAACUAGCCACCCUGGAGACACCGAUCACACUGGCAAACUACUACAGGCAGUACUACAAGACGUUCAGCGAGGAACUGCUACCAAAACUACAGGCGGCCCUAAACGCCCUCCUGGAGGAGGCCAGGCCAUCCCCGUAG